UUUACUGCUAUUCUACCGAAAUUGUAUUGCGCGUCUCUUCCUCGAGAUCAACUGGUAGAGUCAGGGGGCCUGGCAGAAAACGUCCUCAAAGCUAUGGGGAAACGGAUUGCCCCAGACAGGGUCCUGGGACCGGAACUUCCAAAACCUAUCGCAGUGCGAUGGGAGGAAAUAUUCAAACAAGGUCUGCCACCAGAGCUAAAGACGUCAAUCAUCGAAAAAUACCCUCCGCCAAGCAACUGCAUGUUCAUUGAUCCGCCAAAAGUGAAUCCCGAGCUAAAAGCGGCAUCAACGGAGGUGGUCGUAAAACGAGAUAACCGCAUCAUCUCAAAACAAGAGAGGAUUGCAGCAUGCCUUUCCGCUCAAGGAAAAGCUUUGGCAACAAUCAUAAAAAGGGAUAACGAUGCCGACCUUGCAUUAAUAGAAUCGAUCAGCGACACGGCGAGACUUCUCGCAGAUCUUCAACGCGAAGAAACCGCAGUAAGGAAAAGUCUUAUCUUAGCGCCGUUAAAAAUAUCGGUGAAGGACGCACUGCAAAAUUCAACAACAGACGAAUGGCUAUGCGGAAAGGAUCUCGAAGAUCGGUUGCGGUCAGCCAAAAACUUGGAACGGUCACUUAAUGAGCUAAAACCUGCAACAAAAAAUCAAACACCAAAGAACUCAAAAAACUUCAAGACCCCGCCGCGUUACCAAGCGCAAAAAACACAAUCGGGAACGACCGGGGGGCAGAAAUACACAGGAUUUCAAGCGCAGAAGAAAUACCCAUCCCAGCAAACACAGCCGAGCCAAUCACACCACAAACCGUAUCAGCGAAGAGACAACAACUCUCAGAACCGACGUCGGUAA